CUGAGGAUCCUGUACUACUAAAUCGCGAUAUUGAAUUUUUAAUAACAAAUAUUACGAUAUCCAACCAAAACCGCCACGCGCAUCGCACGCGCAGCAUCCGAUACCGACACCCACGCGGUACUUUUACAUGUCAUCUUAAUCAUGCUUUAUUCCCCAUCCGACGGCCCCUAUUCCCCCACCUACCUCAAAUCUACACUCCCACCGUCCGAUCAGAUCUACCAUACACAUCGUCGCGUUUCUUUAUCAGAUCCACGCCCACCAUCUCUCCUACCACCGCACCGCGCCACCCCCCAGAUCUGAACUCUCCUCUCUGUAAAUACACGCACAAAUAUAGAAAGAGUGAGAGGGAGGAGAGAGAGAAAGUGAAGGCGCGGCGGCUAUGGUGGAGGCGCAAACAUGGAAGACGAGGCGGGGGAGCAACCCGAGGCUGGAGGCGACGGCGGACCAGGUGCUGGACAUACCGGGGACCCCACCGGGCGACGUACGGAACAGCUCAAUCACCAUCGGUUCUCGCCUCUCUCCGACUAUAUUGACAGCACUAAUCAUCGCCUCCUGGUACCUCUCCAACAUCGGAGUCCUGCUGCUGAACAAGUACCUCCUCAGCUUCUAUGGCUACCGCUACCCCAUCUUCCUCACCAUGCUGCACAUGCUAUCGUGCGCCGUCUACAGCUUCGUCUCCAUCUCCUGGCUCGAGAUCGCUCCCCGUCAGCACAUCGUCUCCCGCCGCCAGUUCCUCAAGAUCCUCGCUCUCACCGCCGUCUUCUGCUUCUCCGUCGUAUGCGGCAACACCUCCCUCCGCUACCUCCCCGUCUCCUUCAACCAAGCAAUCGGCGCAACGACGCCGUUCUUCACCGCAAUCUUCGCGUUUCUCAUCACCUGCAAGAGAGAAUCCGGCGAAGUCUACCUCGCGCUCUUGCCCGUUGUAUUUGGCAUCGUCCUGUCUAGCAACAGCGAGCCCCUGUUCCACUUAUUUGGGUUUCUUGUCUGCGUGGGCUCCACCGCCGGCCGAGCCUUGAAAUCUGUGGUCCAGGGCCUUCUUCUAACCUCCGAAGCAGAGAAAUUACACUCCAUGAACCUGCUUCUUUACAUGGCUCCAAUGGCAGCUCUGAUUUUGCUUCCUUUGACGCUCUACAUUGAGGGCAAUGUGGCGGCUAUCACACUGGAAAAGGCAAGGGCGGAUUCAUUUAUUCUGUUCCUGCUGAUUGGGAACGCGACGGUCGCGUAUUUGGUGAAUUUGACGAAUUUUUUGGUGACGAAGCACACGAGUGCCCUGACGCUGCAGGUGCUGGGCAACGCCAAGGCGGCGGUGGCGGCCUUCGUGUCGGUUUUGAUAUUCAGGAAUCCGGUGACGGCAAUGGGCACUGCGGGGUUCGCCGUCACCAUAAUGGGUGUGGUUCUUUACAGCGAGGCCAAGAAGAGAUCUAAAGCCACGAUGCACUGAUUGAUUACGUGUACGUACUGAUACGAGGUGAGGCUCUGCUUUUCUUAUUCUUCGCAUUUGCGAUUAAUUCUAAUCGGAAUUCUAAUGGGAGGAAGGGGGAAGGGUUCGGACAGAAAGUGAUGGGAUUUGAUUUGUAUAGGAUCGAUUGAUGCAGUGAAGGAAAGAUAACAUGUUUUCUGCUCUUUCCUUUGCAUUUUCUUGUGUUUUUUUUUUUUUUUUUUGCCCUUUUUGUUUAAUUGAUCUCUGUCAAUGGGGGCGGCGUUAAGAGAAUAAGAUGACUCUCACUUUCCCCUGUGUGUACGUAGCCUUACGUGUUGUUUGCCACAUUCAGAAAACCCAGGAGUCUAUUCAAAUAUUACUUUUUUGCUUGUUUGGUUGUGGAGGGAAAAUGUCUUCCCAACUUGAUCUCGUCGUAUUUCUCACCUUCCACCUUCAUCAUGUGUAAUUCCAUUCAAUUCAAUCUAAUGCAAUUAGCUGCAUUUUUGUA